ACAUAUAUUUAUGUCCGAGAGAGAGAAAGGACAAGAAAGCUUGUGUCCCUAGCGGCAAUAUUUCUGAGUUCUUCGAAGUGUAGCCCAAGGCCUACUCCCCCGUGAUUGUGGAUAUCACCGCCACAGUUGCCCGAUAAACUCGGUCGCGGUCUUCGAUAACUGUCUGCCCGUGCUUUCGAGGUUGUCUUGCUCGUCUUCCGCCAUUCACUGAGGUCUGUGUCGAGUCUAUUCCACUGAAACAGAGAGGGAGAUGGGCGGUGCUGAUGAUAGUGGAAGUGCUAUGCAAGUGGAGCUUCAAUCUGCAUUUGGAUUGAAACCAAAGAAUCAAUUGGAUGUGCAAAAUUUCAAUGCGUCUCAAAUGGGUUUUCCAGUGCGUCAUCUACCGCAAAAUUCGAGUCCUGGAGGUAGUGAGAAUGGUAAUAAGAGAUCUGGUAUACCACCCUCGCAUCCGAAUAACACCGCUUCUUCGCCUCAGUUUCCCCAGUUUAUGGGGUCCCGCCCCGCUUCACGACAACAACCGGGUUCUCAGAGUUUAAGCCCGGGGCCUUCCCAUUCCAGGUCUUUAUCUCAACCCACGUUUUUUGCGCUUGAUAACUUGUUGCCCCCUUUGAGCCCUUUGCCUUAUCGUGAGCCCUCGAUGAGCUCGCUCUCUGAUCCAAUCUCGACUGAUUUGUCUAUGGAAGAAAGUGCUGUUAAUUCUCAUUCCCUGCCACUUCCUUUGCCUGUAAACGGACAUAAUGCAUUUCGGGUAGGUGAGGGCCUUCCUCCUCGUAGAGGGCACCGGCGCUCCAACAGUGAUAGUAUUCCAUUAGGAUUUUCAGCCAUGAUUCAGUCUUCACCUCAAUUGAUUCCCAUUGGAAGUCGGGGAGUUUUAGACCGGUCGGUUUCUGUCAGAGAGAAUUCUGGGGUGGACAAGCCAAUCCAGUUGAUGAUGAAGGGCGAGUUGAAGAGGGAUAGGGAUGGCAAUAACAUUGCUGAUGGAACAGCCGAAGGGAAAUCUGAAGGAGAAACCGUUGAUGACUUGUUUAAUGAAAUCAUGAAUCUGGACAAUAUUGAUAAAAUGAACUCAUCUGGUACAGAGGAAAAGGAUAUGGAUAGCAGAGUCAGUGGCUCGAAGACAAAUGGAUGUGAUAGCAGUGAUAAUGAGGUGGAAAGUCGUGUAAAUGGCUACCCAAACAGUUCUAGUGUUGCUAAUGAGAAUAGAGAAGGAAAGAGAAUUGCUGGCGGAGACACGAAGCCCACUGUUCGACACAAUAGAAGUGUUUCAAUGGAUAGUUAUAUAGGAAACUUGCAUUUUGAUGAUGAGUCAGCAAAGCUCCCACCCAUAGGAACUAGAAUGGGCCAACACUUACCUAUCAGUCCCAUUGAUGGAAACGCAAAUAAGUUCUGCGUGGAGUUUGGAAAUGGCCACUUCAGUGAGGCUGAACUGGAAAAGAUCAGGGAAAAUGCGAAACUGUCUGAGAUUGCAUCAUCAGACCCGAAACGUGCCAAGAGGGUUUUGGCUAAUCGUCUGUCAGCUGCUCGUUCCAAGGAGCGAAAGAUGCGUUACACUGCAGACUUAGAACAAAAGGCACAAACCCUACAGACAGAGAACACUACAUUGUCUAAUGAGCUUACAAAGUUACAGAGAGAGUCUCUCGCACUUAAGAGUGAGAACAAUGAGUUGAAAUUCCGCCUUCAGGCCAUGGAACAGGAGUCAAAGCUCAAAAAUGCUUUAAACGAGGCCUUGACCACGGAAGUUCAGCAUUUGAGGCUUACUGCAGCAGAAUGCGGCGGGGAGGGCUACCUUGCAGACUGCAUGGCCCAGCAGCUUUCCAUUAAUCAACAGGUGUUCCAGCUGCAGCAUCCCCUACAAACACAGCUUUACCAUUUGCAGCAGCAGCAGCAUGUACUUCAACAUCAGGCACAACUGCAGCCUCAUCACAAUGGACUACAGCCCCAGCUGCAGAAUGAUGAUGCUGCUGAGCAAGAGCGAAAACCAUAGGUUGCCCCUCUUCAACUUGUCUAUUCAAACUGCUUGGGGUCCUAGCUUUUGAAAUAGCUCAUUAGAAGGGAAAAAAGAAAAAAGAAAAAAAGGCUUUUGAAAUAGCCUUACUAUGAAAUAAAGGUUGUGUGCCAUCGUAUAUAAGCUUCUAUAAAUCUUUCAAUGCAUAAAAUCGUUUAUUUGAUUGAACCUGGUCAUUUUAUAAUUGGUUGGUUACGUUCAGAUGUAAAAAAUUGAAGUUUUGGUCACUUUUAGAUCUACUCAUUACAUUCUAUUGGGCAAUAUAUGGCUGCAUUUCCGGCUUGUUGACCAUAAA